AUGGGGUGCUGCCCGUCGAAAUGCCCGGGCACGACGCCCGGUAAGGAGUACGCGGCCACGACGACCGAGGUCGCGCCCAUGUUUCCGUCUUCCGUGAGCGUGGAGCAAGUGGAGCCCAGCAUGGACAACGCAGUGCAAGACAUGCUCAUGGAUCGAGGCGACGGGAAGCCCCUGGACAAGUCGGACGACGGAGAACCGGCACCCGAAGACGACGCCGAGGCUGUGGUCUUCAAGUCGAAGGCUGCUGGUGGGGCUAACGCUGCAGCAGUUGAGCGCCGGCCAGAGGAGGUUGUGCAUGUGCAGUCGCCUCCGUCGCCCCCGCCGUCGCCGCCGAGGAAGUCGUCGCGCAGUGCCGACGACAUCCUGAUAUCGUCCACGUACCACCGCGUGCACAGCGCCGAGGUGGCGAAGCAGCAGGCCAAGCGCCAGGAGGAGCUGAGGCUCGAGGCCGAGCAGCGCGAGCGUGAGGUGCGCGAGUACAAGGCGUCCAUGCAGCUCGCGUGA